AUGCACAGCGUGCAGUCGCCCGACACGGACGUCUUCUCCACGCCGCCGUCGACGCCCGGCGUGCAGGACCUGCCGCCGUCGCUGCGCCGCCGCACGAGCAGGCCGAGCAACCUGCGCAUCCAGCACGACGCCCCCGACUGGGCCCCCAACGUCGUCCUCGACCAGGACUCGCCCGACCUCAAGCGCACCCACCCCUCCCCCCGGCCGUACGCAAACGGCUCCCACUCGCCUGCCCCUCCUGCCUCCCUGGGAACAGGCCUGGCCCAGUCGCUGACACACCCGCUCUCUGCCGCACCCACUGCGAGUCCCUCCCUCGACCCGUCCGGGCGCCCGCACCCUGCCCAUGCCCCCCAUCAUCUCGCUGCGUCCCCCCACCCCACCUCCCCCUACUUCGUCCACUCCCAGCUCCAGGGCGUGUCCAUCCAGGACUUCCUCCACGCAAAAAAGUGCAAGGCCAUUCAUGACGCGCGCAUGGAGCACACCCGCCCAGCCUCCAGCGCAGACUCCGACCCCUUCUCUGCCCGCAGCUCCGACUUUGACCUCGAGGACGACUACGAUGCCGGCAGCCUCACCCGUCAGCUCGCGGAGACCGCCGUCGGCGUCCGCGAGAUGAGCAAGCAGCUCGGCCGCACCCGCGUGCACUCGCACAUCCACAGUGUCCUCAUCGUCACCAAGGCGCGCGACAACCGGCUCAUCCAGCUCACGCGCGAGCUCGCGCUCUUCCUCAUGCUCAAGCCGACCCACUCCGGACGCGGCCUGGUCGUCUACGUUGACGCGCAGCUCAAGGCCUCCCGCAGGUUCGACGCCGCCGGCAUCGAGCGCGACCACCCCGAGCUCUUCGUACCCUUCCCACGCCGCCGCGAGUCCGGCUCGAGCACCCACUCCGCCGCGUCGGGGAUGUCGCGCGAGGAGAACGGGCACGCGCAUCCCCUCGGCGGCGACGGGACCGUGCUCUUCACGUCGUGGCUCUUCCAGCGGAUCGUCCCGCCCGUGCUCCCGUUCGCGCUCGGCUCGCUCGGCUUCCUGACCAACUUCGACUUCGCGGACUACGCCGCGGUCAUGGACGCCACGCUCGACAACGGCAUCCGCGUCAACCUCCGCAUGCGCUUCACGUGCACCGUCUACCGCGCGGUCAAGCCCGAGGACGAGCGCACGACGCGGCGCGCAAUCCUGAUGAAGAAUCUCGAGAAGGGCGGCUGGGAGGCGCUCGAGAGCGGGUGUGCGCCCGCGUUUGAUCCCCUGGGCACGGGCAAGGUCGGCAAGGAUAGGGAAAUCAUGUGCUUUACGACGAGGCCGGUGGAGAGCUUCGAGGUGCUGAACGACCUGGUCGUCGAUCGGGGGCCGAGUCCGUAUGUGAGCCUGCUGGAGCUGUUUGGUGACGAGCACCAUCUGACGACUGUACAAGCUGACGGGCUCACAAUAUCGACACCCACGGGGUCGACGGCGUACUCAUUAUCCGCGGGCGGAUCACUAGUACAUCCCGAAAUCCCGGCCAUCCUAAUCACACCCAUUUGCCCACAUACGUUAUCGUUCCGACCCAUGCUCCUCCCGGAUAGCAUGGAACUCCGCAUCUGCGUCCCGUUCAACUCGCGAAGCACUGCGUGGGCGUCCUUCGAUGGCCGGGGCCGCGUCGAAUUGAAGCAGGGCGACCACAUCAAGGUGACCGCGUCUAAGUACCCGUUCCCGACCGUCUGUGCGGACACGCAGUCGACGGAUUGGUUCAACUCGAUCUCGCGCACGCUCAAGUGGAACGAGCGCGAGCGCCAGAAGUCGUUCGUCGUCGUCGAGGAGGGCCCCGCGCACAAGAAGGACAAGAAACGGCGCCUCUCGGAGGCGUCCGAGAACGGCGAGCCCGUCCGUGGCGACCACCCAGAAGAGCAAGGUGGUGAGGACGAAGAGGAGGACGAAGAUGAAGAGGAGGAGGACGAGACGUUCGACAUCGACGACCUCUCGUCGACGGAGUCGUCCCCACCCCGCGUCGUCUCCAAGCUCGAAGAGAACCUCCUCCAGCCCGACGAGGCGAGGAUCGGCAAGGAGAAGGUCGUCGAGCAGGCCAACGGCGGCGACCAAGCGCACGCGGACGUGCAGUCCACGGCGGAGGACGUCGCCCGUCUGCUCACCGCGAACAACCCCUUCCUCCAGAUCCCGCACGGGCGCUCGGGCGUGCAGUCCGGCAUCGAGACCCCGGAUAGGUUCACCGGUCCCCACCCCCAUCCACCACGCGUGUCGCCUCGCCAUGUGCAGUUCGCGCAAUCGAACGACUCGUCGAGCGGAUCGCUCGCGUCGCUCGACACACAAGAGGGCGGCCGGAGCCAGACGAGGCGGACGGGGACGUCGCGCAGUCGAACGCCGAGGACGCGAGAGUCUGAGCUUGAGGCGCAGAAGACGCCGAGGGGCUUCGACGAGGCGAGGAUACGGAGAACGAUGUCUCGGAGCCGGUCGAGGGACGUCCCGCGCGAGGCGCAUGUCCGGCGAGCGUUUGCGGUGUGGGGCCAAGACGAAAGCGAUAGUGCGGCGAGCGACAGCGACACAUAG